AUGCCGGCCUCGGCCGCGCCGCCCCGCCCCGGCUCGCAUUUCCCGCUGCUGCUGUUGGCGGUGCUGAGCGGCCCGGUGUGCGGUCUGGUUCCCCGCUGGGUGCCCAGGACCUCGCUUCCCGUCUCCGAGGCUGACUCUUAUCUUACCCGGUUCACCUUCCCUCAGACAUACAAUUACUCUGUUCUCCUUGUGGAUCCUGCUUCCCAUACACUUUAUGUCGGCGCCCGGGACACCAUCUUCGCUUUAUCUCUGCCCUUCUCAGGGGAGAGACCUCGAAGGAUUGACUGGAUGGUGCCUGAGGCCCAGAGACAGAACUGUAGGAAGAAAGGCAAGAAGGAGGGCGAAUGUCACAAUUUUGUCCAGAUUCUCGCCAUUGCCAAUGCCUCUCACCUCCUCACCUGUGGCACCUUCGCUUUUGAUCCGAAGUGCGGGGUUAUUGCCGUGUCCAGGUUCCAGCAGGUUGAAAGAAUUGAGAGUGGCCGGGGGAAAUGUCCUUUUGAGCCAGCUCAGCGGUCAGCAUCUGUAAUGGCUGGGGAGGUUCUCUAUGCUGCCACUGUGAGAAACUUCCUGGGGACGGAGCCCAUUAUCUCCCGGGCUGAGGGCCGUGCUGAGGAUUGGAUUCGGACAGAGACCUUGCCAUCCUGGCUUAACGCUCCAGCCUUUGUCGCAGCCAUGGACUUGAGGCCAGCUGAGUGGGGAGAUAAAGAUGGAGACAAAGAAAUCUACUUCUUCUUUAUGGAGACUUCUCAAGCCUUUGACUCAGAUGAGCACCUUAAAGUUCCUCGGGUGGCCCGUGUGUGUGCGGGGGACCUUGGGGGACGGAGGACACUCCAGAAGAGGUGGACGACCUUCCUGAAGGCUGACCUGCGGUGUCCAGGGCCUGUAGAUGGCCGGGCCUCUAGUGUCCUGCAGGACAUGUCUAUUCUUCGACCUGACACUGGAGUGGGGGCCCCCAUCUUUUAUGGCAUCUUUUUCUCUCAAUGGGAGGGGGCUGCCAUCUCGGCUGUCUGUGCCUUCCGACCACAAGACAUUCGGACAGUGCUGAAUGGUCCCUUCAGAGAGCUGAAAGAUGUCUGCAACAGGGGACAGCCUGUCAUGGACAGUGAGGUACCCCAGCCCAGACCUGGAGAGUGCAUCGCUAAUAACCCGAAAUUCCAACAGUUUAACUCAUCACUCUCCCUGCCUGACCGUGUGCUCACCUUCAUCCGGGAUCACCCCCUUAUGUACAGGCCAGUGCUUCCAGCUGAUGGCCACUCCCUGCUGGUCACUACAGAUACAGUCUAUCUCAGAGUUGUGGCCCACAGGGUGGCCAGCCUGUCAGGGAAAGAGUAUGAUGUGCUCUACCUGGGGACAGAGGAUGGACACCUCCACAGAGCUGUGCGGAUUGGAGCCAAGCUCAGCGUCCUUGAGGAUUUGGCCUUAUUCCCAGAGCCACAGCCAGUUGAGAAUAUGAAAUUGUGUCAAAGCUGGCUCCUGGUUGGCUCCCGUACUGAGGUAACACAAGUGAACACAACCAACUGUGGACGUCUCCAGAGCUGCUCAGAGUGCAUCCUGGCCCAAGACCCUGUCUGUGCUUGGAGUUCCCAGCUAGAUGCGUGUGUGGCCCAUGCUGGCGAGCAUGCAGGGCUGGUCCAAGACAUAGAGUCAGCGGAUGUCUCUUCUCUGUGUCCUAAAGAGCCUGGAGAAUACCCAGUAGUGUUUGAAGUUCUUGUGGCUACAGCUGUGCAUGUGGUGUUGCCAUGUUCCCCAAGCUCAGCCUGGGCAUCCUGUGUGUGGCACCAGCCCAGUGGAGUGACUGCUUUUACCCCCCGGAGGGAUGGGCUAGAGGUGGUGGUAACCCCAGGGGCCAUGGGUGCUUAUGCUUGUGAAUGUCAGGAGGGUGGGGCAGCCCGCGUGGUAGCGGCUUAUAGCUUGGUAUGGGGCAGCCAUCAGGUCCCUCCAAGCCAGGCUCAUGCUGUGGGGGCUGGACUGGCUGGCUUUUUUCUGGGGGUUCUUGCAGCAUCCCUGAUUCUUUUCCUGAUUGGUCAACGUCAGCAGCUAAGGCGACAGAGGGAACUUCUGGCUAGAGACAAGGUGGGCUUGGACCCGGGGGCACCGCCAUCUGGGACCACAAGCUACAGCCAGGAUCCUCCCUCCUCUCCUGAAGAUGAGUGGCUGCCCCUGGCUCUAGGCAAGAGGGGCAAUGGCUUUGGUGGCUUCCCUCCACCUUUUCUGCUUGAUCCUUGCCCGAGCCCAGCCCGUAUUUGGUUAACUGGAGCUCCUCUGGCCACAUGUGAUGAAACACCCAUGUAG